AUGCUUUGCGAUGCUCGAGAACUCGCCGACGAAAUUGACAUACCGGCUUAUUUUGAGCUCACCCAGCCACAUCAUAGAGUUCGAAGAAGGAAUGUUAAUUUGGACUAUGAGGCAAGAGAUGAUCCGAUAGAAGAUCCUACUUUGAAAUAUAAGGCAGAGUUUUAUUUUUUCACAUUAGAUAAAGCUAUCAAUGCACUUGAAUCCAGGUUUGAUUUGAUCAGUACCCACAGCAACUAUUUCCAAUUUUUAUACAAUACUUGUGAUUUAAAAGAUACUCCUCAAAAGGACGUACUAAAGUAUUGUAAAGAUCUAGAAACAGUAUUAACUGAUGGGAAUUCAUCAGAUAUAAACGUGCUGGACCUUGCACACGAGAUAGUAGCGAUUUUGGCUUUGCUAUAUAAAAAAGAAAGUCAUCGAGAUUUUAAAAUUCAUAUCGAAUCUGGAUUUUGCUCCGAAUUUCGGUAUAGUUUUAAGGUAUUGCUUACUGUCCCAAUAAGUGUUGCAAGUGGAGGAAAACGUUUCUCCAAAUUAAAAUUAAUUAAAAAUUUUUACGCUUCACAACUACCGAGGAUCGGCUAA